UUCAAGCGAAAAAUAUCAAUAUAUUAAAAAGUAAACUAAAUAAAAUGCGCCCGAGUGCGCGGCAAAGCAAAUACAAUAACAUCAAGUGGCGCAUCGGUAAAUGUGCAACAAGUGAAUCGACACAAGAAAGAAAACAACAACUUUUUGACAACUUUACACUGCCUUACGGUUAAUAAUUAAAAUAUUAACUUACAAAUUAAUACGUAGUUGAAUAUACAAAAGUUAUACAAACAGCAAAAACAAUCAAAAUUUAUAUAUUUACACCAACGAAACCAUUUACAAAAAAUAAGUAAAUAAGUUAACGACAUUCAGCAACGUUGAGGAUCGUCAACAAACAACGACAACAAAAAUAAAAGCGAAAGACUCCAAAACAAAGCCAAAAUAAUAUUAAAUUUAAAAUUUUACAUAUACAACACGAGGGGAGUUUUAAAUCUUUACAAUUUUAAGUGCGUUGAAAGACGACCAACUUAUACACAUCGACAAGGAACGUUUUUUGUCUUUACUUUUUGUGCGAUCUUACGUCCAGAAGCAAACAAGACUAAAGCCGACUCUAUACAAAUUUUAAAGAACCAAACCAAAACCGUCUCAUACAAAGUGCCUACAACAAAAUUUCCACGCAAAUCUUAUGAAAAACUUGUGAAACGAACAGAAGUCCAAAUUUUAUACCAAGUGUGAUAGGUAUACAAAUAACCAAUUGGAAGAGAGGAGUGUUUCGGCGGCGAAACAAGUAAACACUUUCCUGGUUUGAGACGCGAGGAGAACCCUGGACCUGGGUGGCAUCAAGAUUGAUCAGAACUUUCGCGACUGGCAGGGGUAUUCAGGAAACGGCUACACGCUGGCAGUUAACAGUAUUUGCAGUGCAGGCUUUGCCCUAUCAGCGAUGCCAUUUAUCGACGAUGCACUGCUCUGGUGUCCGGAUAACGAUGGUCGUCUUGUUGGUGGUCUAGACUUGGCAACAUGCAUAGCCGAUGAUUCUACGGUGACUGGAACGGAAAAUCUGAACCCCUCGAUUCAAUCCGCUGGCAAUCCGAACAAUCCGCAGCAGACCGUCGAAAGCGUUGGAUCCGUGGGAUCCGCCGGAAACGAACUGAAUGGAGCGGCGGCCCGCAACGUGAACGUGGUGGUGGAACCGCUCUGCUCCGGCGACUCCUCCGACGAGCUCUUCCGCAGCUUCUCCGAGAGCAACUUCGAGAUCGAGAGCCUGCUGUCCGAUUUGGCCACCGUCGAGGUGAAAGUCGAAAAUGAGGAGAACAACAACAAUGUCAUCACCGACGAUGACUUUGCCAGCGUGGCCGCCGCCGUGGUGGCCAACGAUGAUCUGUUAGCCAAAGAGAAUGCCCAGCUGAGUGCCCAGGGAUUGGUCGAUUCGGUGGCCGCCAGUCUGGCCGGUGAUUCCGGCGAUGCCGGUGGUCAGCAGGCGCUCCUGGCCUUCGGCUCCUCCAAUUCGGCGGCCAUUGCCGCUGCAGCUGCCGCUCUCUGUGGUGAUUUGAUCAACAAUAACAACAGCAACAACAACAAUAGCAACCACGGUGGCGGAGGAGGGGGUGGAGGAGGAGGAGCUGGUUCCGGCGGCGGAGUAGCCGGCGACUGUGCCACCAAGCUGGAGUACGCCCUCAUGGGCGGACAGCCGCUGGCGGAGGAGCCGCGAUUCGUCACCAGCGCCGCCGCCAAUCCCCUGCUCGUCGAGAAGCUCAUGUCCAAGUGCCUGAACAUCGAGAAACGACUGGACAAACUCAGCGACACCGAAAUUCCUAUUGUGAAACAAUCGACGAGUCCGGCACCGCAGCAGCAACACCAGCAACAGCAACACCUGCAGCAGCACCAGCAACAGCAGCCGCACAAUGCGACCACCUUUGCCGGCGCCACCGCUCUGCUCCACAUCAAGACGGAGCAGAAUGCACUGCUCACCCCGCUCCAGCUGCAGCAGCAGCAGCAACAGCAGCAGCACAGCUUACACGGUGCAACAGGCAACGGUGGCAGCAACAACGGCAACAAUGCCCACCAGCAGCAACAACCGCUGGCCAUACCGCACCGCCCGCUGCUCCACAAUUUGCUCAGCGGCGGUGCUAUCCACAAUCCGCACCACAGAAACUACACGACGGCCACAACAGGUUCAUUUCCGCCCAGUCCCGCGGACAGCGGCGUCUCCGACGUGGACAGCUCCAGUUCCGGUGGCCAGCCCUGCGCCGACGAGCUGAAGGCGCGUCUCGGGAUGCCAGCGGCCACCUCGGCGUCGGCAGCGGCCGCAGCAGCAGCGGCGGCAGCGGCAGCGGCGCACCUGCACACGGGCACCUUUCUGCAUCCGAAUUUAUACCAGAACAAUGCGGCGAAUUCGCUGCGGAACAUAUGGAAUCGCAGUGUUGGGGUGCCCGACAACUACUACGGAAGCAGUGCCGCCGGCAGCGGGGGUGGCCAACCAGGAGGGCCAGGAAACCCCCAAGCGCCGGCCUACCUGUCAACGUCCUACUUCAACGCCCCGACAGCAGCAGCGGCGGCGGCGUCCCAGCGCGGAACCACCAUCAACGGCUAUCAUUCCCUGCACCAGCAGCAGCAGCAACAGUCGCAGCAAUCGCAGCAGCAACAGCAACUGGCUCACCAGCAACUGUCGCACCAGCAGCAACAGGCGUUGCACCAGCAACUGUCGCACCAACAGCAGCAGCAGCAGCAACAACAGCAGCAGCAACAGCAACAGCAGCAACACCCGCACUCGCAGCUGAAUGGUCCGCAUCCACAUCCGCACUCCCAUCCGCACUCGCAUCCGCACGCGGGCCAGCACACGCAUUCCACAAUCGCUGCAGCGGCGGCGGCGGCAGCAGCGGCCUCCGUCGUCAGCAGCAGCAGCAGUGCCGUUGCAGCGGCGGCAAUGCUGAGCGCCAGUGCAGCGGCCGCGGCAACGGCAGCGGCGGCGGCGGGCGGAUCGCAGAGCGUCAUCCAGCCGGCGACGUCCAGCGUCAGCUACGAUCUCUCCUACAUGCUGGAGCUGGGCGGCUUCCAGCAGCGCAAGGCGAAGAAGCCGCGCAAGCCCAAGCUCGAGAUGGGCGUGAAGCGGCGCAGCCGGGAGGGAUCCACCACUUAUCUGUGGGAAUUCCUGCUGAAGCUGCUGCAGGAUCGCGAGUACUGUCCGCGCUUCAUCAAGUGGACGAACCGGGAGAAGGGCGUCUUCAAGCUGGUCGACUCGAAGGCGGUGUCCCGCCUGUGGGGCAUGCACAAGAACAAGCCGGACAUGAACUACGAGACGAUGGGCAGGGCGCUGAGGUACUACUACCAGCGAGGCAUCCUGGCCAAGGUGGAUGGCCAGCGGCUGGUCUACCAGUUUGUGGAUGUGCCCAAGGACAUUGUCGAGAUCGACUGCAAUGGCGUCUGAGGAGAUGAGGAGAAGGAGGAGGCCUGUAAAUAUACAGAGCUGGAAUGGCAAUAGGUUCUGGAGGGUGGGGUAAAAUCAACCGGCUAGCGGCAAUAGUGGCUGAAGGCCACGCGAGGUGGGGAUUUCUUUGUACAUGCGUUGAGUUUCUUGGUUAGCCAGCGAUAAGCAUAAGUUACGUUUAGCUGAUAGUCCCAAUACGCGUACAUAUAUACAUAAAUAUAUAUAUAUAUAUUCACACCCUGUGUCCUGUACCCUAUACAUACACCCAGCUAAAUCGGCGGUAAAUAAUGAUCUAUUCAUUGGCGUUAGUGUUGUACUUGUAACUGUAAUUUUAAUUGUAAACCCUAACUGUAAUGAAUAUUGUUAUUAUUGGUUAUUAUUAUUAUUGAUACUAUUAUUAAUAUUAUUAUUGCUAUUGCUAUGGCGGAAGGACGAAGGACGACCGAAUUGAUUCAUAUUGAUAUUCGAUAAAUGUAUGUAAUAUGUAAAUGAGUACGAACCCAUAUAGCUGCAAGAAAUUCUCUAUCUCUAUUGAUCUACAACUAAAUCUAAAUGUAUAUGCCUAGCCUAAUGCCCUUUCAAGUGUCCCCCAGCCCCCCCGCUGCCCAAGGACAAGCACAGUGCAGAGGAUAUAACUUUACAUAUAUACAUAUAUGCGGAUCUGAACGAUCUGCGUGGGUGUCUGUGCUUGGGCUAAUUGUUUUUGUUGCUUAUUUUAUAAAAGAAGAGAGAUGGAAAUUUAUUAUUUCAUAGUUUUAGCUACUUUUACGACUACGUUUAGGUUAUUUAUUUAAGUGUUUCUCCAGCUAAACCCCUUAACUUUUCCCCAAAAACCAACAAAAAACACACACACAUCCUAACUGGAGCUAAGAACCCAGAAAACUGGUGGUCUAAACUUUCUUGUAAUUAUUAUUUGAUAAGUUUUGUAUAUUUACAACAUCAACAGCUAAAAAAAAAAACUCACAGGAUAAACCAGAAGAAAAGCACUCCUUGAGCCAUCGUUUAAGCAGUCCUAGAACACCAAACCAAACUCAACUUUCUCUCGAUCUGAAGUUUAUUUUUAAAGCGUAAAGUUAAACUAUCGUAUUCUUGUUAACGUCACACUGCCACAAAUCGAAACAAGCCUAACUGAAUGGAACAGAUCUGAACAGAUAACCGGACAGAACAGAACCGAGAUACUGACCCAUAGUUUCAAGAACACUGCAACCGCAAUCCUCAAUGCAAUAUACCGACAACUUCUACAACAAUUUCCAAACACUGCCUAAAACGUGCAAUCUCUUAAAAGGAAACCUUGAAUAGGAAAAGAGAAUAAAACCAACUCCUAGUUCUUUAAUCUAUUUCUUUAAUAGUUGCGUUCUCUAAGUACCUUUAUCUAUUAUUAUUAUUAUUAUGUGUACGUGAAGAUGAAAUCUACAAUAUAUCAUUUUGUUUAUGAUGAUUGGUGAUUGAUGAUGCAAAUAAACAAAGUGAGUCUUGAGUUCAACUCUG